AUGUGGUACACGGAGCAAAGGAAACCCACAGGUCUGCUGCAGCUGCUACCUCUGGUGAUUUGGUUGUUUUGGCUUUCAAGCAGUCAUUGUGUCGCUCAGGAAGAGCUCCCAGAAUCAAGCUGUUGCAGUUCUUGUUUCCAAGGACCGGCCGGAACACCAGGUGUUCCUGGAAUCCCAGGAAAUCCAGGUGGAAACGGGAUCCAAGGACCUCUUGGCCCCAAAGGUGACCCUGGGUUUGGCCUCCCUGGACCCAAGGGAGAUACCGGCGACCAGGGACGGAAGGGAGAUCGAGGCGAAACAGGGUUGCAGGGCCGUCCGGGGAAGCUGGGACCUGCUGGGAAGCUGGGACCUGCAGGUCUUGAAGGAGGAAUCAGUGGAAGGCAGAAAGGCGACCAAGGGGAGCCAGGAGUCCAGGGACCGCAAGGACCGCCUGGUGAGGGGCAAAGGGGUCAGGAAGGAGGAAAGGGCCAGGAAGGAGAAAAGGGCCAGCCGGGAGCAAAGGGCCAGCCAGGAGGAAAGGGUCAGCCAGGAGAAAAGGGCCAGCCUGGAAGACCUAGCUCGGCUUCACCAACAUCGUCCGCUGCCGUCGCAUUCAGCGCUUACCUCACAACAAGUGUCUCAGGAAAUCGUGGUCAUGUUAUCAUCUUUAACAACAUCAUGACGAAUAUCGGCGAUGGGUACGAUUCGCAAUCGGGCGUGUUCACGUGUUCGAUACCCGGGACCUACUUCUUCACGACCAGCCUGCAAAGAAUGACACAAACUAGGGAUCCUUUCGUACAACUGAAAAAGAACGGGGACAUUAUCUUUUCGGUUUAUGACAACCACGACCAUUUUCACCAUCAGUCCAGCAAUUCAGCAGUUCUUGUCUUGGCCACAUGGGAUAGGGUGUGGCUUGAGUUAGGUAGGGAUGCCACUGGUAUUCAUAGCGGUUACAAUAAGGAUUCUCACUUCUCUGGCUUUCUGAUCCAUGCAAUGUAACUCAACUACUGUGGAACAUGCCCGUGUGAAUAUUUCCUGAAACCAACUGAGCCUUAUUAUGUGUAGACUCACUGAUUUAGGAGUGGUUCUUGGCCAGAUGUUUGGAAGGGGGUGUUUCAUAAUUUAAUCUAAAGCUCUGUAAACUUAUGUAAUAACAGAAGUGAGAGGAAUGGUCAACGACUGUGUUUUGCAAACAGCAGUCAAUAUUAAAAUAUGGUUGGUGUUUCGAAGGGUUGGUGUUGACUAUGCUAUACCCUACCCCUGU